AUGGCACAAGCUGCAGCUCUCACUAUAGAAGGCGACCCGCGGAUGAGUGCCUCUGGCCCUGANAUAGCACAACUCUCAACACCAGCGUUGAGAAACUUGCAUGACCCUUCAGUAACCAUCGAAGAAUAUUUCUACUGGGCCAAAAUCACUCGUGAAGAGCAGAGAAACAUUCCAACGGUCAACACUCCUGCCAGGAAGUUCUUGAGUUUUGGUAAACAUGAUGCUGUCUCCUCGGCCAACACUGGUUCCGACCCCACCAAANNCCCGGAGUCACCCAAAAAGGCAUCGGGUGCAGCCACGGAUGAGAAGAUUAGCGACUCUGAGACUUAUGCGCCUGCGCAACCAGUCGCUGUGACAGAGGAUGAGUGGUUACAGGCUUCCAGAGCUGCAAGAACAGCGACUUGGGGAUCUAUCUUCUAUCUCAUCACCACAGAUGUUCUUGGUCCUUACUCUGUGCCGUACGUCAGAUUGUUGUGUUUGUGUACCAAGCUACCUCCAUUAACAUUGUCGCAGNNGUGGGCUUUGGCACAGAUGGGAUAUGGUCCAGGUAUCGUUUUGUACACCAUCUUCGGAGCUCUGGCGGGCUACACGGGCUGGCAGAUCUGGCAGAUGUUCCUCAAACUUGAUUCCGACCAGUACCCCAUGAAGACUUUUGGCGACAUUGCAUUCAGGGCCUAUGGACAGGUGGUACGCCACAUAGUGAACAUCCUGCAAGCAAUUCAGCUUAUCUUCAACGUGGGUGUCAUCAUCAUCCAAAACGGACAAGGACUUUACCAAAUCAAUUCGAACAUAUGUUACAUUGUGUGCUGUGUCAUCUGGACAUUACGCACGUUGCAAAAAUACGGCUGGAUCGCCAAUUUUGCUGUCUGGAUCAACAUCAUUGUCAUGAUUCUUACAAUGGCAGUUGUAACUCACAGCCACCCCAACUACGAGGCCGCUUCCAAGUCCAACGGUGUCCCUGUUGGCCCUCCUGUACCACCAGUUAUGACUACCGCAGGUCCACCGUCAACCGUCGAAUUCAGCGGACAAAUCGUGGGCCUGAUGCAAGCCGUCUAUUCCUAUGGCGGUGCCAUGCUCUACUGCGAAUUCAUGAGCGAAAUGCGAAAGCCUUUUGACUUUUGGAAAGCACUGAUCGUUGCAGAAACGUUCAUUUACGUGGUAUACUUAUUUUUCGGUAUCUUUGUGUACUCCUAUCAGGGUCAGUACACUAUUAAUCCGGCUCAACAGGGUAUGUUUCCUCACGCGGCCUUGACCGCAGGUAACAUCCUGGCUUUUGUGACGGCCCUCAUAGCGGCUGGAUUGUAUGGCAACAUCGGUAUCAAGGUCAUGUAUCAGAACAUUUUUCAAGAACUGCUGGGUCUGCCACAGCUCACUACCAGGACCGGAAAGUUCCUUUGGGCUAGCAUCGUCCCAAUUUACUGGGGCAUUGCUUUCCUCCUUGCCGCCGCUAUUCCUCAGUUCAGCGCGCUUUCCGGCCUCGUGGCAGCCCUUUGCAUCCUUCAGUUCACAUACACCUUUCCACCCCUUCUCAUGCUGGGUGUACAAGUCCAGUACGAUGCGAUACGUCCUGAACAAGGCGAAGGCUUCAACCCAGCUACUGGUGAGACCGCACGACAUGACCAUGGUAUGAAGAGAUGGAUCCGUGGGUUCUUUGCUCGCAGGUGGUACAUCAAGCUUUGGAACGCUGUCUUCUUCCUAGGAGCUCUUGUCACUUGUGUGCUUGGAACGUAUUCUUCUGUCAAGUCUAUGGUUGAUGCGUAUGCUUCGGGCUCUUCGACAGCAUUCAGCUGUGUGGGACCAGUCUAA